AUGUCAUGCAUCUCCUUACAUCUCCUGCACAACCGCGUGCCUCCACACUCAACCAUGCCCAUGCCAUGCCCAUGCCCUCCUGUGCGUCUGCAUGGGCGUGUACCGCCUGGCAUGCCCCACGACCAGCUGCGAGUGACUUGGGUGGAGAAGCUCAGCGCCCUGGACCUGCCCCUGCGAGUGACAUGGGUGGAGAAGCUCAGCGCCCUGGACCUGCCACCCGAGGGCUUUGCCAGCCUUGCAAAGACAGGCGUACGCAGCAUGUGGUGCAUAACGUGUGAUGGGUCAUCUCGACUUGACUCUCCUCACCUCCUCACCGCCAUCAUCAACUUCUGCCUCCUUAGUCCUCCUCACCUUACCAUGUUUCAUUCCCCUCUUGCCCUCUUUACUGGAAUACCCAUUCUGCAGCAGCCAAUCGGGACGAAGCUGAGUCAGCGUGCCAUGCUGGCGUACACCGCAGCUGACAUUGCUGCUCUCCACCGCGCCAUGCAAGAAGACGCAGAGCAGGUGCGGCAGCAGCUGGCUGUGGGCAUGGAGGGGGUGGCACAGGAGGUGGGGCAGCUGCGCCUGGCAAGCAGCAAAGCGGCGGGGGACGCGGCGCAGGUGCUGAGGGAGGGGCGGGAGGGGCUGCAGCAGCUGCAGGCGGAGAUCAAAGAGCUUAAAGCCCGCGUGCGCCGGCAAGGGGAGGAGCUGUCUCAGCAGAUGAUGACCCUGGCUCGGCUGCAGGAAAUCAGAAGAGAAGCGUGGGGGUGGGCGGGGGACGCAGCGCAGGUGACUUUUGAGACGUCUCGAAAGUUGCGGCAGGGAGGAAAUCAGAAGAGAAGUGGGGGGUGGGCGGGGGACGCAGCGCAGGUGCUGAGGGAGGGGCAGGAGGGGCUGCAGCAGCUGCAGGUGGAGAUCCAAGAGCUCAAAGCCCGUGUUCGCCUGCAUGGCGUGGAGCUUGCUCAGCAGAUCGUGUCUGUGGCUCGGCUGCAGGCACGGGAGAACAACGCUCGGGCUGCCGCCGCCGCCGCCGCUGCUGCCGCCGCCACUGCUGCUGUUGUUGUUGAAGCUGGCGGUAGCAGCAACAGCAGCAGUGGCAGUGGGGGGCGGGGGAGCGGGGUAUACCACCGACCAUGGCGGAGGAACGGGUUCAGACGGUGGAAGAUCACAGACGACCGCCCGCAGUAUUGGCGGCAGCGCGUGUUUGAGAAGUAUGGCGCCUACGGCUUUGUCAAAUUCAGUGCCUACCGCAUGAAUGCGCGGCGAAUAGCCAUAAUAGGCAUGGUGCCUGUCGCCAUGGAGGAUAAGACGCGCCUCACGGAUUGCACGUGGCAUGGCUCCGAUGGGUCGCGUAUCAAUGGAGACCUCACAAUCAGCCUUGUGGGCAAGCACCACAACUACAUCUAUGACGUAGCAGUGCUGCUGUGCACAUUGGACAGUGCCACCAAGGCAGGAGGCCACCUGGAGGCGAGGAUAGAGCAGGAGAUAUUGUUCCCGUACAGAGAGGAGGAGAGUGAGCCUCUGGAGGCCUCUUCGCCCCUCCCUCUCAACGUUGCAGCAUGCGUCUCCCCCAUCCACGACACCAUCGACGCCAGGAGGCUCUUAGAGUGGCUGCACUUCCACCGCGUGCUGCUCCCUGUCGACCGCUUCCUGCUCUACGAUGCGGGGGGCAUCGCGGGCAACGGGGAGGCAGGCCCGGGGCACAAGGAGGUGCAGCGGGUGCUGGCGCCAAGGGUCAAGAGGGGCAUGGUGGACGUGACGUGGGGGUUCCGAGAGGUGCUGCAGUGGGACGUGUGGAACUACGGGGAGGUAUGUACUUGGGGAGGGGGCGAGGAGGUAAGGGGGGGGAGGUGUCUGUGCUGCAGUGGGACGUGUGGAACUACGGUGAGGGGGCGAGGAGGUGAGGGGGGGGAGGUGUCUGUGCUGCAGUGGGACGUGUGGAACUACGGUGAGGUAUGUACUUGGGGAGGGGGCGAGGAGGUGAGGGGGGGGAGGUGUCUGUGCUGCAGUGGGACGUGUGGAACUAUGGUGAGGGGGCGAGGAGGUGAGGGGGGGGAGGUGUCUGUGCUGCAGUGGGACGUGUGGAACUACGGCGAGGUAUGUACUUGGGGAGGGGGCGAGGAGGUGAGGGGGGGGGAGGUGUCUGUGCUGCAGUGGGACGUGUGGAACUACGGCGAGGUAUGUACUUGGGGAGGGGGCGAGGAGCAUCUUGCCAUCCAGGACUGCAUAUACCGGACACGCAACGCCGCCCGCUGGCUGCUCGUGUCUGACAUCGACGAGUACCUCCAAAUCCCGCCACCCCUCUCGCUGCCAGCGUUGCUACAGGAGCACGAGUCGCUCCCAUGGCUGACCUUUGGUGCUACAGCCUUCAACGGCUCAUUCUGCUCGCCGCUACAGCUGCCACCGCAGGCAGCAGGGGGAGGGGAGGGGGAGGGGGAGGGUGGGGGAGGGGGCGAGGGGAAUGGGGGCGGGGAGGAGGGGGAGGAGGAGAGGAAGCGGGCUGCUGCGAUGGCUGCUAAUGAGGCCAAAGCUGCUUUUGCUGUGGAAAGGAUGCGGUUCAGGUGGCCCCACCCGGUGUGCUCUGCUACAGAUGUCUACAGCGCCAGCCAAUGCCUGGACGAGGAAGGCUCACGGCGCUACAUCCUCGACCCGCGCCGGGCUAUCACUGCCACAGCCAAUAGCGUCGCGUCGUCCCGCCCGGGGAUCAACCUACCCGUGGAGACCGCCAGGCUGGCACGCUUCCCUGGUAUCAGCCAAUCAGGGUUCGCCACAUGUACACUGGGCGAGCCGAGCGACAGUUGGUGGGAGAAGGAGGAGGGGGUGGCUGCACUGGCAGAGGCGGCGAGGAGGUGUCCGGCUUUAAAGCCAUGGACGAAAGGGGCAUCUGCUGAGAAAUGCACGCCUGAAGGGAUAGCCGAGAGGUUAAUCAUGCAUGCCGAGCAAACUCCUCAAUCUCCUGCGGUAGUGCGUAAUGGCCUUUCUGUGCUGGGAGUUAUUCCUCCCCCUUCUGAGACAUACAGCGUGCCCAUCUCGCCGUUGCCACCACCCGCUUCUCCCGUGCGUAGUGUGGGUAUUGUAUACCCGUUCGAGCCGCCGUCGACUCCUGCUGACUGGGAGCCGCACCCGUCAAUUGUUCUCGUGCCAGGCGGUGGUGAAGGGUCGUCUAGACCCUCCGCGGCUUCACCGUCCACUAUCGACGUCACGCUCGUGUCGCAUCUCGUGGACCAAACACGGAUGUGCAUCAAGAACCGGUACUUAAACUUUGAGCCGGAUCAUCACUUCGGGAGUGGAGAGAAGAUGACACUGAACGACUUCAUUCAGCGUCAUCAGAAGAUGGACAAGCGGGAGGUGAAGGCAGAGGGCGUGGACAGUGACGGCAACCCUGUGGAAUUCAGUUAUACGCUGCACGAGAAUCCCAUCGAAGGGCAGGAGACGGACGGAGAUGUAACGGCUUGUUUCGAGCUGUCGCUGAAGUUUGUGCGUGCUGUCGACAAGGAGCUGGAGUGGCGGAUGAAAGACCUGGAGGAGCUGGAGGGGU